CAGUAGCAGCAGCAGCACUAGCAGCAGCAGCAAGCAAUACGACGGGACGUAGAACGACGAACGACCGCUGCCGUGGUGUUUGGGCUCGGCUCGGUUGUGCCGCAUUCGUUAUGACGAUACGAUAAUCCAGCGCUUAGCGCUGCGAAACGUGUAGUACAUUAGUUGGAAUUAGUCGAUCGGUGACAUUUUAUAUUUUAUCGAAAUAAUUCCGAAGGAAUGUAAUAGUGCAUUGUUUUUUCUAAUCCGGUUGCGUGAACGGCGGUGUUCUUUCGUUGAUCGUUUAAAGAGUUCUUUCGUGCGCCAUGUGCCAUUGCUUCGUGUGUAUUUCCUUUCUCCUCGGAUCACCGCUCGGUUAAAUCAUUUUUACGAAACGUAUAUCACAGUUUACCGUUUACCGGUGGGUCAGCAUCUUUUUCGUUCGGUUUUCAUUGAAAUUGAUACUACAGUGAUCUUGGGUGUUUUGUGUUCGGUGCGAGUGCGUGGAAUAACGUCGUCUCUCUCUCCGCCUGGCGUUCUGUUCUUUUCUUACAUUUGGCUUACAUACUGAAAGGAACAAGAAUAAUAACGGGAGAAGCCGAAAAAAGGAGGAUAGACGGUGGAUUUGCUGAACUCGAGUAGAAAAGAUCUCGCGAGGAGCGCAAGUGGCGUAUCAAGAUGGCGCAUAAUUUGGCACCGAGCGUCAACUGUUCGCUUGACGACAUUGAUCUGAAUGCUUUGAAGGAACCAGCCGGUAUCUUUGAACUGAUAGAAGUUGUUGGUAAUGGUACCUAUGGCCAAGUUUACAAGGGUCGACAUACCAAAACUGGCCAACUGGCAGCCAUCAAAGUUAUGGAUGUCACGGAAGAUGAGGAAGAAGAAAUCAAAUUAGAAAUAAAUGUGUUAAAAAGGUAUUCGAAUCACAGAAAUAUAGCAACGUAUUAUGGUGCCUUCGUGAAGAAGUCAUCGCCUGGGAAAGAUGAUCAGUUGUGGUUGGUUAUGGAAUAUUGCGGAGCUGGCUCCGUCACAGAUCUUGUCAAGUCAACUAAAGGCCAGAGUUUAAAGGAGGAAUGGAUCGCUUAUAUAUCGCGGGAAAUAUUGAGAGGACUUAGUUACCUUCACAGCAAUAAAGUUAUACACAGGGAUAUUAAAGGACAGAACGUUUUAUUAACCGAUAAUGCUGAAGUUAAGCUUGUUGAUUUUGGAGUUAGUGCACAAUUAGACCGAACAAUAGGCAGAAGAAACACGUUUAUCGGUACGCCGUAUUGGAUGGCUCCAGAAGUAAUAGCUUGCGAUGAAAAUCCAGAUGCUACGUACGAUAAUAGAAGUGAUCUUUGGUCAUUGGGUAUAACGGCUUUAGAAAUGGCCGAGUCACAGCCUCCGCUUUGUGACCUUCAUCCAAUGCGAGCUUUAUUUCUGAUCCCACGUAAUCCACCACCAAGACUUAAGUCGAAAAAAUGGGCGAAGAAAUUCCACGGUUUUAUCGAAACGGUUUUAGUAAAGGAUUAUCAUCAGCGACCGUAUACGGAACAGCUCCUUAAACAUCCGUUUAUUCGGGACCAACCGACCGAAAGACAAGUUAGGAUACAACUUAAAGAUCAUAUUGAUCGCUGUAAAAAGCGUAAGCAGGAGAAAGAGAGAGAUGAUUAUCGAUACAGCGGUAGUGAGAACGAAGAGGAUGAGCCAGCAUUGGCUGGCGAGGCGUCAUCGAUAGUUCAAGCACCUGGCGGUGACACAUUGCGUAGGAACUUCCAGCAAAUUCAAGAAGGUAGGACUUUGACCCAAGAAGUAGCUCCGCAGCCGCCUGCUGCUAAAGAGAAGCCGAACAGCAGAUCUUCAAGAGACAUACCAGAACCGGGGCCACCUGCGCGACCUGCCAUUCCACACAGAUUAAUCGUAGUUCCAGACCCACAACCACCGUCUCGGCCAUUACCGCCAACGCCCAGAGAUGAUCCGCGACAACCGCAUAAAGUUUCGACCCCGCCUUCGAAUCAUCAACCCCUUGUCGGUGGAGGGGGGAGUGGAGGUUCCGGUGGUCAAGCUGCGUCGCAACGGAACAGCCAUGUAUUUAAACCUAUGCUGCCGCCAAGGAAACCAGAGGACUUGGACAUGCUGGCCGCUCAACUCAACGAGCUUGGUGUGUCACAGGGCCCAGAGGCCCCGCCAAGGCCGAACAGGCAGCAUAAGGGCCCUGCCGCAUCGUCCACCUCGAAUUCUGGUCAGCCCGCGAGCAGUAACGAUCAAAACAACAAACAAAUGCCUCAGUCUUCCAGUACACUCGAUCAAGCUCUGUCGGUUGAGAGCGACAGCGAUGAUGAUCUUGAAGAUGCAGGAGGGAACAACGCUAGGAAUGAUGGCACAUUACUUGCUAGCGAUCCACCGAAGCCUUUACCCGAAUUUUCUCCUUUCAGACCAUCCGCGGACCCAUCGACGACGUCGUCGCACAAUGCCCAGAACUCGCACCUCGAAGGUAAGCUGAAAGGCGGAGCGCCAAAUCGACCACUUCCGCCGACUCCUGACGAGGAAGAAUCAGGAGAUCGUACGCUAGUCAUGAAACGGAAACUUAGUCAGAUGUCAGACGAUCGCGGCACCAAUGGCAACAACCGACGAUCCGAGGCUGACGAGCAACUCCUAUUGAAGGAGUGGGACUUCACCCGCUUCUUCCAGGGUUUUAAUGAAAGGUUGGAUAAAAUAAAACAGGAACACCCUGUGCAAGAACCCGCGGAGACGAACAACAAGUCCGAGGAUCAUUCGUCGUCGUCUUCGGACAAAACAUUAAGGAGGCAAGAACAGUUGUCAUCGCGUAGUAGAAAGCACGAGAAUCAUUCGCAACAGCAACAGCAACAUCAUCAUCGAAAGCAACAGCAGCAGCAACAGCAGUUGAAAGCGGUGCACAGACGACAGGAGAGCGACUCGAAACUUGGCAACACGUCCAGCGCUUUCGCGCGUGCUUUCCGCCGCGAGAACUCAGACUUCUUCCCAUCCACAAGACACUCCGCAUAUUUACAGAAGUCGGACUCGUCGAGGUCGAGUAUAUUCUCGAGUGGUAAUAGACGUGGCAGCGAAAUAAGCGUCGUCGGAAUCGCUGGUAAAAAGGGAAACGCUGUCAGCACCGGUGAACCGGUGCUAACCGACUUUGCGUUCGGACGAGACGGUCUGCAGAGGCCUCGACGAGAGAAAACCGAGAGCGAAAUUGUUUUUGGUAAUAGACACGAGGGGAGAAUGUUCGACUUCGGACGCGAUAAAGACGACACUACGAGAAGACGCAGUUGUAGACCAUCAGACGCGCUUUCUGCCGCGGUUGACGAAGCGGGAACUAUUAAGUCUACAGCCAGUACAACGGCUAGCGAGUACAGCCCCAUUGUCACCCAGAAUCGAGAAGGCGAUCGCUCGAGAGGCGGAGGCAGCGGUGGCGAUUUUCAGAGGUCGGAUUCUUCCCCCGGGUCACGGCCCAGUUCCGUCUUACCGGACCUUCUUACCUCGUCACCGGGUCAACGACAGGAUAAAUCAACCAGCGAGGAGUAUCGGCAAGCGGUUAAAUCAGCGCCUCCAUUUGCACUUCAACAGAAACAGAGAUCUUUCCUCACGUUUGGAUUUGGUGCUGGCCCGGCUAGAAGGGAAUCUCAUGUAAAUGUCAACGUCACUCCGACCAGCCACGAUCUCGCGUCUGACACGCCGGAAAUUCGCAAAUACAAAAAACGCUUCAACAGUGAAAUUCUCUGUGCUGCUCUUUGGGGAGUGAAUCUGUUAAUUGGCACGGAAAAUGGUCUCGUACUGUUGGAUAGAAGCGGUCAGGGCAAAGUGUAUCAAUUAAUAAGUAGAAGACGAUUUCAACAAAUGGAGGUCCUCGAGGGACAAAAUAUUUUGGUUACGAUUAGCGGGAAGAAGAAUCGAGUACGUGUAUAUUACCUCUCCUGGCUUAAAAGCAAGAUCCUACGAACGGAUGGUCACAGCGACCAAGUCGAACGACGCAAUGGUUGGAUCAAUGUUGGCGAUCUGCAAGGCGCGGUGCAUUUUAAAAUAGUUAAAUACGAGAGAAUAAAGUUUCUCGUUAUCGCGUUGAAAGAUUCCAUAGAGAUAUACGCUUGGGCGCCGAAGCCUUAUCACAAGUUCAUGGCUUUCAAAUCGUUCGGUGAACUGGCGCAUAGGCCACUGCUCGUCGAUCUUACCAUCGAGGAAGGUACAAGGCUAAAAGUGAUUUACGGUAGCGCCGACGGAUUCCACGCUGUUGAUCUGGACUCCGCUACAGUUUACGAUAUUUAUUUGCCAAAACACACUCAGGGACCGAUUUGUCCACAUUGCAUUGUCGCAUUGCCUAACAGCAACGGCAUGCAGUUAUUGUUAUGUUACGAUAACGAGGGUGUGUACGUAAACACUUACGGUAGAUUAUCUAAAACUAUGGUCCUCCAGUGGGGUGAGAUGCCGACCAGUGUCGCGUACAUCGGCACGGGACAAAUAAUGGGCUGGGGUAACAAGGCCAUUGAGAUUCGAAGCGUAGAAAGUGGGCAUCUUGAUGGCGUUUUCAUGCACAAGAAAGCUCAGCGGCUCAAGUUCCUUUGCGAGCGUAAUGAUAAGGUAUUUUUCUCGUCGGCAAAAGGCGGAAGCGCGUGCCAGAUUUAUUUCAUGACAUUAAAUAAACCUGGCAUGGCUAACUGGUGAUCCCGAGUGUGGCCAGAUCUGGCCCCAAAAUUAUCAUUACGAAUGAGGACAAGAAAUCCUCCUCGUGACGUUUCGAAACGCGUAUCAUCGCCAUUCAUGUCGAUUCGCUUUUCACUGCCAGGAUCGAACGCGACAGAAAGAAGCGGAAGCGAACACUGUUUGUAUCGGAGUUAUCGACAUUAUCAAAACCACGUACAGUCUAAUUAUAAUUAUCAUUAUCAUUAUCGUCAUCGACACUGUCGUCGCCUUAGUUAUCAUCGUCGACGGCGUCGUCGACGGCGCGAUCACUGUUAUCGUCAUCGUCAACGUCACCAUCACCACUACUACCAUCAGCAUCAUCAUCAUCUUCAUCAAUAUCAUCAUCAUGAUUACCAUAACUACUAUCAUUUUUACUCACAAAACCAUUAUAAUCGAUAUCGAUAUGUUUGCUCGAGUAAUUGCACGCUAAAGGGGAAACCACAAAUACUCGGUGAAACGUCUCGAGAACUGUUGAAACUGUUUUCGCAGCGCGUACAAGGUAAGCUAGUAUUCGUGAAUCGAUUCUUGAAAAGAUUUCUCCGCUUUUUUAACUAUUCAUCUUACGCGAUACAACUUGGCGUAUGAGAGAAAGAAAAUGAAAAUGGUUCCUUCUGUACCGUAACAUCUCUCUUGGAGAGUAAAUAAGAAUAAGGUACGUGCACAAAAUUAUAUUUUAACCAUUCACUCACGCAUUCAUCUUGUUACGUACAUGAAAAAUGUUUCAAAGAUAAUUGUUUUAAAAAAAUCGAAUUCCCAACUUUUCGUCUACACUGUAUGAUUUAUUGGUUGCCUGCAAUGAAACUGAUUGUUCCGGUAAGGGAAAGAUAUUGUACAAUACCAAUGCUUUCGUCUACGCGAACGAAAACACUUUCCGUAAUAGUAACAAGUGGCUGAAAACUUUUCCAUGAUACUAGAGGGGAAACGCAAACUAUUUCGAUAGCUCCAAGUGCAAAUACGCGAGCAAAAAUACGCAAUGUGAAUGAAUAUUUGUGAUUUACCGAGAGAGAGAGAGAGAGAGAGAGAGAGAGAG